GCCCCUGCUCGUCCGCCGGCACCCCGACUUACCCUCGGCCCUCGCCGCCGACAUGGGUGUCCUCCCGGUGCUGGUGCUCGGGGCCUCGCUCUACCUGCAGGCGGCCGCCGAGUUCGACGGGAGGUGGCCCAGGCAGAUAGUGUCAUCCGUUGGCCUGUGUCGCUAUGGCGGGAGGAUUGACUGCUGCUGGGGCUGGGCCCGCCAGUCCUGGGGACAGUGUCAGCCUUUCUACGUCUUAAGGCAGAGAAUAGCCAGGAUAAGGUGCCAACUCAAAGCUGUGUGCCAGCCACAGUGCAAACACGGCGAGUGUAUUGGACCCAACAAGUGCAAGUGCCACGCCGGAUACGCCGGGAAGACCUGCAAUCAAGACGAACACUUCUACCCACCUCCACCUCCUCUUGGCCAAGGCAGUGAGCAGCCUCUUGUCCACCCCCUGGAUCUUCAAGCCACGAGUUUACCUGCGAGGGAUCUCAACGAGUGUGGCCUGAAGCCGCGGCCCUGCAAGCACAGGUGCAUGAACACCUAUGGCAGCUACAAGUGCUACUGUCUCAACGGCUACAUGCUCAUGCCUGAUGGCUCCUGCUCAAGUGCGCUGACCUGCUCCACGGCCAACUGCCAGUACGGCUGCGACGUUGUCAAGGGCCAGGUGCACUGCCAGUGUCCCUCUCCCGGGCUGCAGCUGGCCCCGGACGGGAGGACCUGCGUGGAUGUGGAUGAAUGUGCCAGCGGGAGGGUCUCCUGCCCCAGAUACAGGCAGUGUCUCAACACUUUCGGGAGUUACAUCUGCAAGUGCCACGAAGGCUUCGACCUCAUGUACAUUGGAGGCAAAUACCAAUGUCAUGAUGUCGACGAAUGCUCCCUGGGCCAGCACCAGUGCAGCAGCUUCGCCAAUUGCUACAACACGCAUGGCUCCUACAGGUGCCAGUGCAAGGAGGGCUAUGAGGGUGACGGCUGGACCUGUGUGCCUAUCCCGAAAGUCAUGGUCGAACCCUCAGGCCCAGUUCACAUACCAAAGGAAAAUGGCACCUCUACAAAGGGGGAUGGAGGGCAGAGUAAUUGGAUCCCCAACGCCGGAAGUACCCAGUGGCCUCCGAGGACACCGUACAUUCCUCCUGCUAUCACCAACACGCCCACAACUCAGCCGACAACACAACCACCACCGACGCCCAGGCCAACUCCACAGCUGACCCCGCCCCCGCCCCCACCCACAGAGCCCAGGACUCCUCCGCCACCACCAGCAACCCCAGAGCGACCAACCACCGGGCUGACAACCGCUGCACCUGCCACCACCACAGCCCCCAGAGUGGUGACGGUGGACAACAGGAUACAGACCGACCCUCAGAAGCCCAGAGGAGAUGUGUUCAUCCCGCGCCGGCCGUCGAACGAGCUGUUCGAGAGCUUCGAGAUCGAGCGAGGGGUCAGCGCGGACGAGGAGGCCGGGGACGACCCAGGCGCCCUGGUCCACGGCUGCGACUUCGAGCACGGGCUGUGCGGCUGGAUCCGCGAGAAGGACAGCGACCUGCACUGGGAGCCGGCGCGGGACCCCGCAGGCGGCCAGUACCUGAUGGUGUCGGCCGGCAAGGGCCCGGGGGCCAGGGCCGCCCGCCUGCUGCUGCCCGUCGGCCACCUGCUGCGCGCGGGCGCGCUGUGCCUGUCCUUCCGGCACAAGGUGUCGGGGCGCGCCCCCGGCGCGCUGCAGGUGCUCGUGCGGAAACACGGGGCCCCCGGAGCCGCGCUGUGGGGCCGGAGCGGCGGCGGCGGCUGGAGGCGCGCGCGGAUGACCCUGCGCGGGGCGGACGUCCGGAGCGUCAUCUUCCGAGGGGAAAAGAGGCGCGGGCACCCCGGCGAGAUCGGCCUGGAUGACGUGAGCUUGAGAAGAGGCCCCUGCUCCCGAGACCAAGAGCCACACCCCAACUAGCCCUGAGCGGCACCCCCUGCUCCAGUCUCCUCCCCGUCCUGUCCCCCCUCCUCAGGCCUGCAGAAGCCGGGGCAGGGCCGGGGAAAGCCCGCUGGGACCCGCGUCUUGCUGGCCUGCCUUUGUGCAGUUCCCUGCGGGGGGACCCUCCGAGCAGCACGGGGCGCAGCACAUGGCGCCAGCUGGGGUCCCCGGGCCUCCCGUGUCGGGGAGGCCGAGGGUGUGACCGCAGCACCUUGACCCGGUCACAGCUUCCCGCUCACAGGCCACGGGAGGCGUUUCCAAAGCAGCGUGGCAGGGCCUGCCGUGCUGGCCAGCGUCGCUCCCCAGGGAGCCUCGCCUCCCCGAGGUGCUGUGCAGUGUCCGCUGCGCUGGGGUCUCCUCUGGCCCCAAGGCGGACUGACUGCUGCCCCCUUCUCCAGGGUGUGUGAGCUAGGAGACGCAUUUAUUCCUGUCCCUGCGCGUGUCCGGGACCGUGUGUGCUGGGGCCGCCCCCGGGCCCGUCCUGCUGGCGUCGAUGGGCUGUUGGUACCGCGGCCUGCGUUCCUCUCCGCAGCGAGCUGUGCGGCGACGUGUCGUGCAGUUCCACGACUCGUAGGGGCAGCGGGAGAAAUUCGG